AUGGGGUCUGCGGCAGGCGACAGCGGUGAGGACAACCGCUUUGACGGCUUGUUUGCAACAGUUGCUGAGCAGGCGGGAGGAAUUGAACCUCUUUUCGAUUAUUUCUUCGGAUUUCUAUGUCGGAAGACUGACUUUUUUACUGUGGGCCGCGCUGCAUGCAAGGACAUGCUGGACACGUCCUUCCGCAAGUGGACAGAGAAGGCCACCGAAAAAGCUGAGAGAGAUCGUCUACAACGGGAGAAGCAGCAGCAGAAGCAGCAGCAGCAACAACAACAGCAACAGAAGCAGCAAAAGAGACAGCAACAAGUGGACCUCAGCAGUCGCCCGAAGGUCGAGGAGUUGACCGAAGAAGAGGAAGCCCUGUUCGCCCCUGCUGAGAAGGCAGCAAUAGCAGCAGCUGAUGCAACGGCCAGCAGCAAAUCAACAGGAGAGGAGGGAUCUACUUCAGAUGAGGAGAGGGAGAGUUCCCGUCCGGAGGGGAACGGGGGCCAGACAGACAAGUAUCGGUGGACCCAAACCCUAGAGUCUGUGGACGUGUACGUGCCUAUGGGCGAGGGCGUGCGGGCGUCGCAGUGUCAAGUCAAGAUUACCGCCACCACGCUCACGUUGGGCUUCAAAGGGCAAGCCCCUAUAUUGAGUGGGGAAUUCUCUCAAAGAGUGCAGGCAGAGGACAGCAUGUGGACUUUGGAAGACCGAAAGACUCUCCACCUUAGUUUGGAGAAAACAGACAAAAUGCGUUGGUGGAGUUGUGUCUUGAAAGGAGACCCCGAGAUCGAUACGAAGACGAUUGUCCCAGAGAACUCGAAGCUAUCCGACUUGGACCCCGAGACUCGCGCCACAGUGGAGAAGAUGAUGUAUGAUCAACAGCAAAAGCAGAAGGGACUACCCACGAGUGACCAGCAGAGGCAGGCGGAAAUGUUGGAGAAGUUUAAGCAGGCGCACCCUGAGCUGGACUUCUCUAACGCCAAGAUAAACUGGGGAGGAUCGGGUUGGGGUGGCUAG